GCUUCCGCAAAAUGUUUCUGAGAAACUCUGCGGAAUCGGUGGUUUCUCCCACAUCAUUCCAGCCAGCUGCGGCUCUUCCGUGUCCGCGCGUGUGCGUGCGGUGAUUGACAGCCCGCAGGCCAAUCGCCUUGUCCUCCCUCGUUUGGGGCGUUGCCCAUUCUCCACCGUUCGCGAGUUGUGGCCUGCGCGGUUACCCCCGCGGAUCGGCUUCCUCUUUUCAGAUUCAUUGUGAUGCUCUAGUCUGUGGUAUUCCAGUAAUGAAGCUAAAAUGUGGAUGCUUAUCUAUUGAAUACCAAUGCAGUGCCCUAUUACAAUAAACCGUACCAGAAUCACUGCCCUUCACAUUAUAGUCCUGCAGUGAAGAAGACAUGUCUUCCAAUGAAAAGAACACUGAACACACAAAUCCUGUACUAAGAAUAAGUCAGCUGGAUGCCCUGGAACUAAACAAAGCCCUGGAACAAUUAGUUUGGUCCCAGUUUACUCAUUGUUUUCAUGGAUUUAAGCCAGGUUUGUUAGCCAGGUUUGAACCUGAGGUAAAAGCAUUUUUGUGGCUUUUCUUAUGGAGAUUCACCAUUUACUCCAAGAAUGCCACUGUUGGACAGUCAAUCAUGAACAUCCAAUACAAAAAUGAUUAUUCUCAAACACAGAAAUAUCAACCACUAAGUAAAAAUCAAAAGUUAUGGUAUGCUAUUUGCACAGUUGGAGGAAGGUGGUUAGAAGAAAGAUGUUAUGAUUUAUUCCGCAAUCACCAUUUAGCAUCAUUCUAUAAAAUCAAACAGUGCACCAAUCUUAUUGUUGGACUUUUGAAAUUAAGUAGUUUGGUAAAUUUCCUUAUUUUCCUUCAAAAAGGAAAGUUUGCUACAUUGACAGAGCGUCUCUUAGGUAUUCGAUCUGUAUUUUGCAAACCCCAAAACAUUCGAGAAGUUGGUUUCGAAUACAUGAAUAGGGAACUUCUGUGGCAUGGUUUCGCGGAAUUUCUGAUCUUUCUUUUACCACUUAUUAAUAUCCAAAAGUUGAAAGCCAAGUUGUCAUCUUGGUGUAUCCCUAUUACUGGUGUUCCUAACAGUGAUGAUACAUUAGCCACCCAUGGCAAAGAAUGUUCCCUUUGUGGAGAGUGGCCUACUAUGCCUCAUACUAUCGGUUGUGUACAUGUAUUUUGUUAUUAUUGUGUUAAAAGUAGCUAUUUAUUUGAUAUGUACUUCACUUGUCCUAAGUGUGGCACAGAGGUACGGAAUCUGCAGCCACUGAAGUCGGGAAUUGAAAUGUCAGAAGUGAAUGCUCCUUAGAAAUGGAAGCCACCUGGGGGCAGCUGGGUAGCUCAGUGGAUUGAGAGUCAGGCCUAGAGACAGGAGAUCCUAGGUUC